ACAAUAUGAACCCUUAUCACUCCGAUUCCAAAACACAUAACUCACUACUUUAAACCAUAUCUCUGAAAAGCCAUCCUUGCCAAGAACUUUAGUAGUAAAAUCCUUAACCUCGACACCCACCACCACCGCCAACAAAUGAGAAAUUUUCCAAAACAGCUACAUCGCCCCUGCGACGUUUUCAUUAACCAUAGAGGGAUUGACACCAAGAGAACCAUUUCUGGAUUGCUCUACAAACAUCUAGUCCGCCUUGGGCUCAACCCAUUUCUGGACAGCAAGAACAUGAAGCCUGGCGACCGGUUGUUCGACAAAAUUAACGAUGCUGUUCGACACUGCAAGGUUGGGGUUGCUGUAUUUUCCCCGCGUUAUUGUGAAUCAUACUUUUGUCUCCACGAGCUAGCUCUAAUGAUGGAAACUAGGAAGAAGGUCAUUCCAAUCUUUUACGACGUGAAGCCGUCGCAGCUCCAGGUUAAGGACGACGGGUCUCGUCCAGUUGAGGAGCUGAAGAGGUUCCAAUGGGCCAUCCAGGAGGCAAAGCACACUGUUGGUCUCUCAUUUGACACAUUGGCCGGGGAUUUAUCGGAAUUCUUGACGAUGACUACAGAUGCAGUGAUCAAAAACUUGCUGGAGAUUGGAGAAGAAGAAGAAGAAGAAGAAUACAAACGGAUCGGAUUAGGUCGCUGAUAUAAACGAGAAAGCAUAUCAAUCAAUCAAGGCUGUGAGGACGUUUCUUUCAGUCCUAAAGCAUUUGACAUUAAUUACGUAGGAUUAACAAAGAAUAAUUUUCUGU